AUGCACGAGCAGAGGAUGAUGCACAGAGACAUCAAGCCAGCUAACAUUUUCAUCUCUGCAAACAACGUCUUGAAGCUUGGCGAUCUUGGACUAGGAAGAGUUUUCUCUGCUGAGUCGGUCGAGACUUUCUCCAAGGUCGGAACUCCCUUGUACAUGUCGCCUGAGGUUCUUCACGGGCAGGGCUACGACUUCAAGUCUGACAUGUGGAGUCUGGGAUGUCUCCUCUAUGAGUUUGCUACUCUCUCCUCCCCCUUCGAGGCGCCGAACCAGAACCUCUACGACAUCUUCAAGCGCAUCAACGAUGGAGACUUCGCUCCUCUCCCCGAGUUGUUCUCUCAAGAGCUCAGAGGCCUCGUCAACAGGAUGCUGCACAAGGACCCGAAGAAACGGCCCACGGCUUCUGAGGCCUUCGCCUUCGCUCAAAUGGCCUGCGACUCCUACCAGGAGCGACCGAGUGGACUGAUGAUGAUGAUAGAGAUCAUUGAUCUCUGCCAACUUCUCGACUACGAGGCUCUCUGUCGUGCUCAAGCCCUCCCUCCCCUCACACCAAGUUUCUUCACGCAUGCUCAUCCUCAUCAUGACAUCAAGUUUCAAUAUUUCACUAGCCUUGUCCUCUGGCUCCUCCGCUUCAACGAUGUUUCAGUCAGCGAGGACAGCAGGGACGGCAGCAGGCACCUCGAGACUCUCGACCCUCUCAACGUUUCUUCUCUCCUCCUCGACGCUUGCAAGCAGCUCGGCAUCGGCAACGACCUCUCUCCUGUUCGACUGAAGACGUGA